AUGUCGAAGUCGAGUGAAAGUAAAAAAGAUCCGGCAUGGCAAUAUGCACGGAUGGUAAAUCCCCAAAACCUUUCAAAGUUCAUUUGUAACUUUUGCGACAAAGAAAUGAAUGGCGGUGUUUACCGAGUCAAGCAACAUCUUGCUGGUGGUUAUAAAAAUGUUGUUGCUUGUUCUACCCGUCGAGAACAAGGAAGUAAUUCCUCCAAAUUUGUUGGUUCCAAACAACCAAAGCAAAAGGGACCCAUGGAUGUGUACUUCACCCCUGAUCCGGAAGUUGCGGUGCAAAAUCGUAAAGUCAAGGGAAAGCAAACAAGAAUUGAUGAUAAUGAUCCUAGCAAGAAGGUGUUGAGAGAUCGGGCUCUUGUUUGGUUUUCGAGGUGGAUGUAUGAUACGGGUAUACCUUUCAAUAUUGUGAAUUACAAUAGUUUUGGGCCAAUGAUUGAAGCUUUUGGGCAAUAUGGUCCUGGCACGAAACCACCAAGCUACCAUGAGGUGUGGGUUCCUUAUUUGCGGAAAGAGGUAGACCGCACUAAUAAGACCAUGGAGGAUCAUAAAAAAGAUUGGGUAACAUAUGGAUGCUCUUUAAUGGCCGAUGGGUGGAAGGACAAAAGAAACAGAGCAUUAAUUAAUUUUUUGGUUAAUUGCCCAAGAGGAUCAAUGUUUAUUGAAUCCGUUGAUGCUUCUAACUUAUCCAAGGAUGCAAAUAAGAUGUUUGAAUUACUUGACAACUUUGUGGAGCGUAUUGGUGAAGCCAACGUGGUUCAAGUUGUUACAAAUAGUGCCUCAACAAAUGUGUUGGCCGGUUAG